UUACACAAACCGCACCCCCUCUCUCUCUUCUUCUUUUGUUGUCUUCCUGUUCUGUUCUGAGAUCUCUCUCUAAUAAGUUUUUCUUCGUUACUGUGUAUGAGGCCAUGCCCUUAUCCUUUGAAAGAUUUCAAGGGGAGGGGGUGUUCAGUGUUUCUUCUUUCUACUCAGAUUCUCACAAAAUACGGUUUAAUCAAGACAAAACCGGAAUCGAAGAAGAACGAGAAGAUCUUGGUUAUGUUUUCCGUGGUGGUUUACAAGAACCAACGUCUGUUCUCGACGCUUUAAGGAGCCCUAGUCCUCUCGCUUCUCACUCUUCGACCACCACCAACACGACGCUGUCUUCCCCUCACGGCGGUGGUGCCGUCACCGCCACCGCCACCACAACAGCUGGCGAUGAUAAAUGUAGUCAAAUAGGCUUGGACGAUCUCGACGGAGUUAUCUCUCCUGAUCAAGAACAGAGCAUCUUGAGGCUUAUCAUGGACCCGGUUUCAGGAUUCGGUGUUCUCGACCCGGGUUUCGGUUUCGGAUCCGGUUCAGCUCCGGUAAGUGAUGGUUCGAAUCCUUUGCUAUCAUGCGGCUUCCCGUUUAACGAGCAAACUCAUCAGAUUCCGAAUCAAGAAUCGUUGUUCUCUAAUCCUCCUUCGUCUCCGCCUACGAAACGAUUCAAUUCCGGAUCUCAUCAACCGGUUUUCCCGUUUUCCGAUCCGGUUCCGGUUCAGCAAUACCAGUUUCCGGUUCAGUAUCACCCCCAACAAAUAUCUUCUUCUUCACCCGCGGCGGCUUUGGUUCCGGUUCCGCCGCUGGGGAUAGCUGGUGAUGACCAGUCAGUCAUCAUCGGACAGCUCUUAAACGCGGCGGAGCUAAUAGCAACCACCGGCGACCACACCAUUCUCGCGCAAGGGAUAUUGGCGCGGCUCAAUCACCAUCUCAGCAGCAGCAGCUACAACAACAAAGCUCCGUUUCAAAGAGCAGCUUCCCACAUCUCCGAAGCUCUCCUCUCUCUCAUCCACGACGCAGCACCACCGUUACUCACGCCGGAGAAUCUCAUCCUCAGAAUCGCAGCUUACAGAACCUUCUCCGAAACGUCGCCGUUUCUCCAGUUCGUCAACUUCACGGCGAACCAAUCGAUUCUCGAGUUGGGCUUCGAGCGGAUCCACAUUAUCGAUUUCGAUGUUGGAUACGGAGGACAAUGGUCGUCUUUAAUGCAGGAACUUGCAAGGAAAAGAGGGUCGUGUCUUAAAGUAACCGUCUUUGCUCCUCCUCCUUCUACAGUCUCCGACGAGUUUGAGCUCAGAUUCACCGAGGAGAAUCUCCGAAGCUUCGCCGGAGAGCUCGAGAUUCCGUUUGAAAUGGAGUUGUUGAGUCUCGAGCUUCUUCUGAACCCAGCUUACUGGCCGCUCUCUCUCCGUUCAUCGGAGAAAGAAGCAGUCGCAGUGAAUCUUCCUGUAAGCUCCGUCGUCUCCGGUUACCUUCCGUUAAUCCUCCGUUUUCUUAAACAGAUAUCCCCAAACGUCGUCGUUUGUUCAGAUAGAGGGUGUGACCGUAACGACGCGCCGUUUCCUAACGCCGUGAUCCACGCGCUUCAGUACCACACCACUCUGCUCGAGUCUCUCGACGCCAAUCAAAGCCAAGAGGAUUCGAGUGUUGAGAGGUUUUGGGUGCGACCUUCUAUCGAGAAGCUUUUGGUGAAACGACACCGUUGGAUUGACAGAUCACCGCCGUGGAGAAGCUUGUUUACACAAUGUGGGUUUACUCCGGCGAGUUUGAGUCAGACGGCGGAGACUCAGGCGGAGUGUUUGAUGCAGAGGAAUCCGGUGAGAGGGUUUCAUGUUGAGAAAAGACAGUCUUCACUUGUCAUGUGUUGGCAGAGGAAAGAACUUGUUACUGUCUCUGCUUGGAAAUGUUAGAAGAAACCAAAUGAAUCUCAGCUGAUUUUUAUGUUUCUUUCAUGAUUUCAAUCUCUUUUUUUCUUAAAUGAUAUGCUAUCUUGUUCAAUGUUGUUCUUAGUUUCAACUGUGGUGUUGACACUUGAAGGAAGUAAGGAUAUAUAAUCAAAAAUCUCCUUUUGUUCGAUUC